AGCAUCAAAAGUACUUGGACAAGCUCCUCAACAACUGUCUGUUGAGCCGCACCAUGCAAGAGCUCAUUGGCUACUACAUCACCAUGGAGGAAUACUUCAUGAGGGAGACAGUCAACAAGGCUGUUGCCAUGGACAGCUACGAGAAGGGCCAGCUCACCUCCAGCAUGGUGGAUGACGUGUUUUAUAUAGUGAAAAAGUGCAUUGGGCGUGCUCUGUCCAGCUCCAGCAUAGACUGUCUCUGUGCCAUGAUCAACCACUCCACCACUGAGCUGGAAUCUGACUUCAGGGAGGUUCUGUACAACAAGCUGAAGCAGGGCUUUCCAGCCACGACCUUCCAGGAUUUCCAGAGAGGGGUGACCAGUGCCGUGAACAUCAUGCACAGCAGCUUGCAGCAGGGCAAGUUCGAUACCAAAGGCAUUGAAAGCACCGAUGAGGCAAAACAGUCAUUUCUGGUGACCUUAAACAACGUGGAAGUCUGCAGUGAAAACAUCAUGACCCUAAAGAAGACUUUGGAGAGCGACUGCAGCAAACUGCUUAGCCAAGGCUUUGGAGGUGAGCAAGCACAGGCCAAGAUUGACAGCUGCCUUUCUGACAUGGCUGCUGUUUCCAACAAAUUCCGCGACCUGCUGCAGGAAGGUCUCAGUGAGCUGAACAGCACAGCCAUCAAGCCCCAGGUGAAGCCCUGGAUCAACCUGUUCCUCUCCGUCUCCCACAACAUUGAGGAGGAGGAGUUCAGUGACUAUGAGGCUAAUGAUCCCUGGGUCCAGCAGUUCAUCCUCAAUCUGGAACAGCAGAUGACAGAGUUCAAGGCUGGACUGUCUCCAGUGAUUUAUGACACCCUCACUGGUCUUAUGACCAGUCUCAUAGCCAUUGAACUGGAGAAAGUGCUGCUCAAAUCGACCUUCAGCAGGCUCGGUGGUCUGCAGUUUGACAAGGAACUGAGGUCCCUCGUAGCCUAUCUCACCACAGUCACCACCUGGACUAUCCGUGACAAGUUUGCCCGGCUUUCCCAGAUGGCCACCAUCCUCAACCUGGAAAGGGUGACGGAGAUCCUGGAUUACUGGGGUCCAAACUCAGGCCCACUGACCUGGCGCCUCACUCCUGCUGAGGUCCGGCAGGUGCUGGCUCUCCGGAUCGACUUCCGCAGCGAGGACAUCAAGCGCCUGCGCCUGUAGCUGGGC